AUCACCAGAGGAACUUCAAAGAAAAAACAGAAAAACAGCAGCAACAAAAACUCGGGCUCCACCUCCAGAGAGUCUAAUUGUUUUUUGGAUUGCAGCAUUCAAGAAAAAAUAGAUUUAGAAAUUCGAAUGCGAGAAGGAAUAUGGAAACUCCUUUCUCUGAGCACUCAGAAAGACCAGAUCUUGCAUGCAGUUAAGAAUCUCAUGGUAUGCAAUGCUCGAAUAAUGGCAUACACAUCGGAGCUACAGAAAUUAGAAGAACAGAUUGCAAAUCAGACUGGAAGAUGUGAUAUGAAUUUUGAAAGUAAAGAACGAACCGCUUGUAAAGGAAAGAUUGCCAUUUCAGAUAUUCGAAUACCACUAAUGUGGAAAGACUCUGAUCACUUCAGCAAUAAGGAACGAUCACAGCAGUACGCCAUUUUCUGUUUGUUCAAAAUGGGAGCUGAAGUUUUUGAUACUGACAUGGUGAUUGUGGAUAAAACUAUCACAGAUCUAUGUUUUGAAAAUGUAACUAUAUUUAAUAAAGCAGGGCCAGACUUUCAGAUAAAAGUGGAGGUUUACAGCUGCUGUACAGAAGAAUCUUCUAUAACCAACACACCAAAAAAACUAGCUAAGAAACUGAAGACAUCUAUAAGUAAAGCUACAGGGAAGAAAAUAAAUUUGGUGCUUCAAGAAGAUCAUGAAACAUGCUCAUCUUAUAGUUCUCCUAUUUUUGCUGCAAAGUAUAAUUUGCUAGCUCAUACUACUUUGACCUUGGAAAGUGCUGAGGAUAGCUUCAAGACCCAUAAUCUGUCUAUUAAUGGAAAUGAGGAGUCUUCAUUUUGGCUUCCCUUAUAUGGCAACAUGUGCUGCCGCCUAGUCGCCCAGCCAGCUUGUAUGGCUGAGGAUGCAUUUGCAGGAUUUCUUAAUCAGCAGCAAAUGGAAGAAAACCUAAUUAGUUGGAGAAGGUUGUAUUGUGUUUUAAGAGGGGGUAAACUCUAUUGCUUUUAUUCUCCCGAAGAAAUUGAAGCUAAAGUGGAACCAGCUUUGGUAGUGUCCAUUAACAAGGAAACCAGAAUUCGGGCAAUGGAUAAGGAUACCAAGAAAAAAAUUCAUAAUUUCUCUGUCAUCAACCCUGUUGCUGGACAGGCUGUAACUCAUAUCUUUGUAGCAGACAAUAGAGAAGAUCUUCAGAAAUGGAUGGAAGCCUUCUGGCAACAUUUCUUUGAUCUUAGCCAAUGGAAGCAUUGUUGUGAAGAACUUAUGAAAAUUGAGAUUAUGUCACCACGGAAACCACCUUUGUUCUUGACAAAAGAGGCGACCUCAGUCUACCACGAUAUGAGCAUUGAUUCACCUAUAAAACUUGAAAGUUUAACUGAUACAAUACAAAAAAAACUUGAAGAGACAAAUGGACAGUUUCUUAUUGGUCAGCAUGAAGACUCCUCACCACCUCUUUGGGCCAGCCUCUUUGAUGGUAAUCAUCAAGUGGUUAUCCAGAAAAAGGUAUUAUCUCCUGCAAGUAACCAGCUACAUGAUGGGAAAGGGAAAAAAAGACGUGCUCCCCUUCCUCCUUCUGAUAAAGCUCCAUUCAGCUUAAAAACACAGAGUAACCCAGAUCAAUUGGAUAAGGACAACUGGGAAAAAACAAGUGUAUCUUGGACCUCGCCUUUGGAUACCAAAUUAUCAACCCUAAUGCAUCACUUACAGAAACCGAUGGCUGCUCCUCGAAAACUCCUUCCUGCCAGGAAAAAUAAUGUAAAUGAUGAUAGUGAACACAUAGACACUAAAACCAAUUUUGAAGCCAAGCCAGUGCCAGCUCCAAGGCAGAAAUCUAUCAAAGACAUUUUGGACCCUAGAUCAUGGUUGCAGGCACAAGUAUAGAAAACUAUGUAUAAAAGCAUUUAACAAAAUCUAUACUGUUAGGCUUGAUUCAGAAGCACUAGAGAUAUAGUAAUAUGUCAUUAUGUUGGUAAAUAUGAUAGUGACUUACAUCAAUAAUUAAUAAGCUAUGGGGUCUGAAAAAUGCUUUAUAAUGAAGAAUUGGAUUUUUCUUUUACUUCUGAUCUUUGGAAUAUAAGUGAUUUCCCUGGUAGAGUGCAAGAGGCAGUUUCAGACAAUAUCCUAAUUGUUUGAAGGGUUAAUUUAUUCCUAAAUUAGUGCCAGCAGUGAGCAAGCACUAGGCAGAAGAAGGCAUUAAAAUUUCUUUGGGGAGAGACUGUCUAGUAAUUUAAAAUGUGUUAAAUAUGAGCCAUAUUCUCAUUGUGAGAGUUUUAAUACUAAUGGAAUGUUUCAAAAAGUUUUAUUCAAACCACAAAUUAUAGAAUCCACCCAAGAAAAUUUCUUCUUAGCAUUCUGGAAUUCUCAUCUAAUGGUUCACUGACUCUCAUCUAUUGUUUAACUCACUAGUUAACUCACUGACCUUUCAAAUUCCUGGGAUAAAUUUUGGAAUAUUAAAUUCUUCAUCUUUAAAGGGAAUUCAUAAUGUGUUAUUCAAAGUUGUUUCCUUGAUGAGCCCUGAAAUCCUGUUGACAUUAACUCUCAUAAGUGAAGCAUAACAUUUAUUAGUUUAGAGAAAAGGUAAAUGAAAUGUUCUCUAUCUCCACUUUUCUGUGCAUGGUGCUAAUUUCCAUUAUGACAUUGGAAUUUGGGGAAGUGAGUAGCUGAUUAACACCUUAAAAUUCAUUUAAUACUUAUUUAAAAAGCAGAUGGCUGAUUCAAAAAUAUCAGAAAAGUUGGCCAUGAUAAUAAUUUUCAGAAUUAAUCCUUUUAAAACAUUUUAAUUAAAUUUCCUUUUUCUAGUAAGGGUUGAUGUCUGCUAUUGAUAUUAUUCAUUAAAAGUCAUAUUCUUACAACAAUGACAUCGGAAUCAUUUCCAUAGGAGGUAAUUUCCAUAGCAACUAAUCAUUGUGACCCAAACAGGAUUAUGAAAUCAAGUGAGGAAAUAAAUAGCGAGAGGAUGAAUACCUUAAAGGAACAAAAAAAUCCUUUUUUAAAAUAAUAAUGCUUCUUGUAAACAAGAGCUGAACAGUUUUAAAAAUCAAAUCAGAAUUUCCAAAUAAAACAGUUUCCAUAAGGUGUCAGCAACGGCUCAAAAAAUCUGAAAUCACACUGAACCCUAAAUGUCAUUGCAAGAAAUAAAAAUAUAAGAAUUAAAUUACUGCCCUGUGUAUAAUCUCUAGAGAUCUUUUUAAAGCUCAUGAGAACUCUAUUUGGAUCAGAACUACAUUAUUACAAAGUAAAAUGAACACUUGACAAAAAAGUAACAUUAAUUUAAAUGGAGCCUUUCAUUAUUUUUAGAUAGCAGUCUUUCUUCAUUUAUAUAGAAUGAUGUAACUGCCAGGUUACUUUUGUGUUUGCCGGGGACUCCUUGUAAGAAUUGCAACUCAGGGGAGUAAUGAUACAAAAGGUCUCUUGUGACCGUCGACACCAUGAUAGACAUAGUAUUUGAUGAGAAGGAAGCCCCAUGUGCCUGCCUUUAGAGGACUGUAGAGACAAUCACAUGCAUGAAAACCUGCAAAGGUACGAUUAAUUUGUUUUUUUCUAACAAGAAGACUCUCAUAAAUUCUGUUGUGGUUGCCAGUUCAGUAAAUGACAAUAUUAAAAUCUACAGGCUAUUAUUGUUUGAAUUUUUGUUUAUUUUUUAAACCUCAACUGCUGUUUUUGACAGCAUUUGUGACUGUCAUUGCCACUAAAUUAUUGAGCUAGAAGAUGCUGCAGGCAAAAUUGUUUCUGAAACUGGCAUCUAAGCAUUUUUUUUUUUUUUAGUCGAAGCCUUCCUUAUAACAACCAGUGUUAAAACUUCCAAAUUAUAUUCUUGUCAUUUCCUCAUGCAUAUUAUAUCAAGAAGGAUUUAAGGUGUACUGGAAAUAGAAUUUAUUCAUAGAGAAACUACCUAGCAGUUGUGCCCUCAGUGGGACACUGGAACAAAGCUGAGACCCUUCCUCCUAGAAAUAUUUAUGUGAAGCCUGACCAAGGACCACGGUUAUUCAGGCUAUUUCUGGGGGCCCACCUUCCUGCAUGCUACAGAGCCUUUGGGAGCAGGCUGAAGGCUUCAGCUUCACUUCCUUUAACGUGCUGUUCAUUAAAUGUUAGUUCACGUCCCCCGAAAGGUUUAAUACAAAGUCGGGGCUCCCUCCCUUCCUUUUUUCCUUCUUACUCCCUUCCUUCCUUCCUUCCACAGUUAAAAAAAAAUCUAAAAAUACUUAGUUAAACACUUUGUCAAGGAGUUCGUCAAAGAAGUAUUUGUUUUCUCAUUUCCUAAACCGGAAGUUUAUGACAGAUAAAAAUAUGUCAUGUAAUAAAAGACAUUUCAGCUUUUUAUGAGCUGCCUUCUCA